AUGGUCGAACCUGCAGCCGUGAAUGAUAUGCGAAUGGCUACUGUAUAUGAUGAAGAAUAUGCUUUGCCCAAGCUCUAUGUCAAGCUCCAAUAUUGCAUCAGUUGUGCCAUUCACUCUCACGUCGUCCGUGUUCGUUCAAGAGAAGGUAGAAGGGAUCGUGCUCCACCAGCUCGAUUCAGACCUGCUGCCAAGGACGGAAAGAAGCCAGUAGCUGGAGCUGGAGGUGCACCAGCUGCCAAGUAA